AUGGGUUGCUUCCCUGUGUUGUGGAGGAAGAAGAAUUCCAGAAGUCAGAUUGUGCAACGUGACCAAGACAUCCCAAUCGCAGGCAAUGUGAAAAUCUACUCGUCCAAGGAGCUGAGAAAAGCCACAAGAAACUUCUCCCCGGGAAACAAGCUUGGACAGGGUUCUUUCGGCCGUGUCUACCUGGGAAAACUGAACAACGGCGAGAAGGUUGCCAUCAAGGUGCUCUCCUCAGAGUCGAGGCAAGGAACAAAGGAGUUCUUGAAUGAGCUGAGUGUCAUAUCCAGCAUAACUCAUCACAACCUAGUCAAACUGCAUGGCUGCUGCGUCGAUGGAGGCCAAAAGAUGCUGGUCUACAACUACGUGGAGAACAACAGCCUUGCACAGACCCUUUUUGGUAAUUCCCGCAGUGGCAUCAGAUUAGACUGGAGAACGAGGGUGAAGAUCUGCAUUGGUGUUGCUGAUGGGCUCACCUACCUUCACGAAGAAGUCCAUCCACCGAUCGUCCACCGCGACAUCAAAGCGAGCAACAUUCUCCUUGACAGAAACCUGAGACCCAAGAUAGCAGACUUUGGGCUGGCAAAGUUCUUCCCAGGCAACAUGACACAUAUCAGCACCAGGGUUGCAGGGACGCUAGGAUAUCUUGCGCCAGAGUACGCCAUCCGAGGGCAGCUGACCAAAAAGGCCGAUGUCUACAGCUUUGGUGUACUGCUGCUGGAGAUUGUUAGUGGCAGAUGUCACACUGAUCCCAGAUUACCUUUUGACGAGCAGUUCCUCCUAGAAAAGGUCUGGACACUCUCUGAGUCCGAUGAUCUUGAGAGCAUCAUUGACAGGACCCUGAAGCACGACUUUGACACUGAGGAAGCACGUCGGUUGCUGAAAAUAGGUCUUCUGUGCACCCAGGAUAGCCCCAAGAUCAGGCCCUCCAUGUCAAUGGUCGCCAAGAUGCUGAAGGGUGAGUGUGCUGUAAGUGACAAGAUCAUGAGGCCCGGUCUGAUCACAGAUGUUAUGGACCUGAAAGUGAGGACAGUAGAGCCGGUUCAGUUCAGUUUAUCCCCAUCGAUGUCUCCUGCACUGAGCAGCUCACUGGUGUCCACACUUGCAUUAGCUGGUAGCAGUGUUGUAGAGAGCCGCUGA